UCUGGCCCUCUGGCACCAGCUCCCAAAAUGACCCAGCGAUCCUCUGUCACCAUCAAGUCAGGGGGCACUCGGAACUUCAGUGCUUCCUCAGCCAGCCUCCUCCCGGGCUGCCGGCCCAGCUUCAGCUCUGUCUCCAUGUCCCAGAGUGGGAAGAGUUUUGGGGGUGGCUUUGGAGGUGCAUUCGGGACCAGGAGCCUCCACAGCCUUGGGGGUAGCAAGAGAAUUUCAGUCAGCGGGGGCUACUGCCCCAGCCGGGCCAGCCUUGGGGGCGCUGGCUAUGGGCUGGGUGUCGGGGGCAUAGGGUACAGGGUUGGGGGAGCCUGCAUUGGUUAUGGAUUUGGAGGUGGGGUGAUGCCUGGUGCUGGGGGUAUCCAGGAGGUCACUGUCAACCAGAGCCUCCUGACCCCCCUCCACCUGGAGAUUGAUCCCUCCCUCCAGCGGGUGCGGAAGGAGGAGAAGGAGCAGAUCAAGACUCUCAACAACAAGUUCGCCUCCUUCAUUGACAAG